GCCAUGAAGACGACGCCUGUUCUCGCACUCGCGGCAGCUCUUGUCCUGGCCUCCGACGCCAGGAGACUGGAGGCAAAUGCACGUCCCAGGAAGCUCCCGUUUUCUGCUGCCAGGAAGGCCCCAGGGGGUCGCAUCGUUGGAGGCUCCGACGCUGCGGAGGGCCAGUUCCCCUUCCAGGCGGGCCUCAUGAUCGACGGCGCCGGUUUCUGCGGCGGCUCCCUCAUCUCCACCACCGCCGUCCUCACCGCUGCGCACUGCGUCGACGCCGGCAGCUACUUCACGGUGCUGCUGGGCUCGACGUACUCGCGCCCCACCUCAGGAGACAACAGCCAGUCGUUCGCGGCGACAGACACGGUCAGGCACAACGGCUUCUACACGCCGGACGACAACGCUGCCUUCUAUGACGUCGGCCUCGUCAGGUGGUCGCAGCCCAUCACCAUCACGGAUUACGUGACACCGAUCAGGCUACCGGCGAAGGCACAGGCCAGCGAGAGCUUCGCCGGCUGGGACGCAAUCGUCUCUGGUUGGGGCCUCACAAGCAACGGGCGACAGCGGUGGCCCGCUCAGCGUGCAGGAGUCGGACGGCCAGCGCACAGUGGUCGGAAUCGUGUCGUGGGGCACGGCCAACGACUGCGAGUCCGGCGAGCCGGACGUCUUCAUGCGCGUCACCGCCUUCCUCGAUUGGAUCGGAGAAAACGCCGGCAUCACCAUCUCGUGAGCUGCCCUAGCCGACAUCAGCUACAACGCUCGGCUGUCGCCCUGAUUCUGACCAUGCAUCUACGUCUGUCCAUGUGGCAGAGUCACAAGCGAGAGGAAAUGUGAAUACUGUUGUCAAUUUCAGUAAUUUACAUGCGCCAAAAUAAAAAAAUUAAUAAAACGAAGGAAAAAAUCAAAAUAGAGCAGUCCUGAGUCAAGAAAUGAAAAUGUAGCUCUCAUGGAUAGGCUGGUCCUAGUAAAAUAAUUUUAGAGUGUGUAAGUUAUAGGUCAAGAUAUGAAAUAAUUCAAAAGAAAGGAAGAGCCGUCAUGUAUAGCUAGCUUCCUCCACGAUCAGUGGCCUCCUUCCUCUUGGCGUGUCAGAGUUGAGUGCUAAGUGCAUCUGUUGUCUGUAGAUGACUGUGACAGAUCUAUUGUGAUGUCUCAAUAGGUUAGAGUCGUAACUCACAUGCUCCAAAAUAAUGAAAAUUGAGAUGCCGACGUAUUCUCAUAUAGCUUUAUACAAAGAACAUAAUUCACGAAACAAUUAUUCACAUUUGGCACAACGUCCUUGAGAAAACCGGUGUUAAACUUCAUGGUUAGUUUCAAAAGUCUCAUGAUCCGUGGCAUCUUGUGAGUUUUCUCCCGUACCUCAUCUUGACCAAUCAGCGAUUAGCUCACUCGGCGCCAUUUUCUUGUGUAGUAGUAAAUAUUGAUGCCAGUGGAGUGUCUUUUCUCUUCUGUUCAGUUAUUUUGGGGAAUAUAUUUCAAUAUAGUGGUGGGAAUAAAACUGAUUUGAGACACAAGUCAUGGAAGAAAACGUUUCACCCGUUGGAGAAAGAGGAAGGCCAAGGAAACGUUCACAGCAUCCAGAAAUGUGGAAGCCAAACGAAUGGGGUUAGAAUAUCCUGUUUUCUUCAUUGUUUUCAAAUUAAACUGAUUCUUGUUAUUGGCUUGAU